AGCAGACCACAACUGAGACUUCCUUCAAUAUUUCUUUGCCUUUUUUUGCUGCAGCAGUAUUUGGUCAUUUCCUUCUCAGUUUCUCAGAAAAAAAAAAAAAAAAAUGGGGCUCAAAGGUAAAAUGAUUGGUCAAACUAACAUCCAUGGCCCUGCUGGAGAUGUGUUCCAUGAUGCCUUCAGCAAAAGACCACACCAUCUUGCCACCAUGACUCCUGAGAAAGUUCAAGGGUUUACUUUGCUUGGUGGUGAUCUUGGAACUGUUGGAUCCAAAAUCUGCUGGCACUAUACCCAUGACGGGAAAGAUAGGGUGGCAAAGCAGAUUAUUCAAGACAUAAAUGAAGAAAAGAAAUCAAUCGUAUUUAAGAUGAUUGAAGGAGAUCUCAUGGAGCUGUACAAGACCUUCACUAUCAUAUACCAUGUUGAUGUUCUUGGUGACAAAGAAAGUUUGAUUACAUGGACUCUCGACUAUGAGAAGCUGAAGGAAGAUACCCCACAUCCAGGAACCUUGCUCAACUUUUUCCUUCACAUGGUUGAAGACAUUGAAUCUCAUCACAUCAAAAAUGCUUGAACCAUCUAUAUAUAUAUAUAUAUAUAGACAUAUCUCUUCUAAGUAUUUAGCGUGUUUGAAGUUGCUAUGGUGUCUUCUAAAAUGGAUGCACGAAUAAAUGUGUGCUAUUAAGUGCUAUGUCAUUAUAAAGCUAAUGCUUGUUAGUUUCACAAGUAAUGUUUGUAAAAGUUGAACAACAUAAAUAAAUAUUAUUUGUGAGUAAUGAAUA